GCUAAAUAUUUCUAUAGUAUGCCAGAACCUCGACCCAAAUGCGUGAAAAAGGUGCUGCAUGCUGGAAGAGGCAUUUUACCGGAAUAUCGUACCGGUACAAAAGCCGUUUUCCAUUAUGAAACGUUAAAACCCAAAGAUCCAGUGAAGCCGGAAGUAGGAAUGCCAGAGAACAGGGAUGAUUAUGAAGUGAUAGAUAAUACACGACAAGGCUGGCCUCAUGGUUAUGGCAAACCUUUAGAGUUGAUUUUUGGCAAAAAGUUUCAAUUGCCAAUAUUUGAAACUUGCCUGCGAUCAAUGCUCGUGGACGAGGUGUCCCAGUUUGAUGUGGAGCUCACCGAACUUUGCACAUACCCGAUGGUUUCGAAGAAGUUGCGGGAUCUUGCCAAACCAAACGAACAUGGUCAUUCUCACGCUCACGAGCACAUGUGCGCAGCCGCUCUGUCAGCCGGAACUGGAUACCAAGAACUAGACGACUUGAUGAGAGAUCCCCGUCCACUCAGAUUCAUAUUUCACCUUUUAUCGGUCACACAACCGGAGCAAUAUGAGGCAGAAGGCUGGCAGCUUACAUCAGAAGAAAAAAUUCAGUCGGUGGAAACGCUACGAUUACAGGGGAAUCAGUUAUUUGCAGAGAAAAAGUAUGAAGACGCCAUAGAGAAAUAUCGAGAAGCUUUGGGAAGGCUAGAUACUUUAAUACUCAGAGAGAAACCCGGUGAACCAGAAUGGGAGGAAUUGGAUCGGAAGAAUGUUUCCCUAUAUGCCAAUUUAUCGCAGUGCUAUCUGAAUAUCGGAAAUAUGUACGAAGCAGCUGAAACAGCAUCUGAAGUUUUGUCACGGGAGCCCGAUAACGAGAAGGCGUUAUAUCGAAGAGCGAGAGCUCGAAUAGGAUGUUGGCAGCUGGACGAGGCCGAAGAGGAUUUGAAAAAGCUGGCACAGACACCCAAAAACGAAUCCUUAGUCCAGGCGGAAAUGGCAAUUUUGGCACAAAAAAGGAUUGAGCUAGCAGAUAGCAAAAAGAAGACGUAUACAAAAAUGUUCAAAAACCAUGUGCAAACGCCAUAUUUGAUUCGAUGUGUCUGAAUUCCAUCAACAAUAUCUGCCGUCUGUACAUCACGGUUUCAACAACAAUGUUCAGC